AAAUCCUUAUGACAGUGACAACACAAGAAGUCUCAUGUCCAAAAAUAUAUAAUUAGGAUCUAGAAUUAAGUAUACAGGCUUGCCGCUUGCAACUUGGCCGUGCGCCUUGCACAUUUACAUUGCAAUAAAUUUAUACUUUGCAUCAGAUACGCUCGAACAUAAGUGUAAUUUUUGCGUAAUUAUGUCCAUCUAGGAAAUUAAAAAUACCACAAGAUGUCCAAUGUUAUAAAGUUAACCAUCAAACAGGUUAUACCUGUUACAAAGUGUUCCUAUCCAAUUUUAUCUAACUCCCUUUACAAACAUAUACGUAAUUACAGUAGUAAAGUGACUACAAAUGCAGAUGAUAUUUUCAAUAAAUUUACGGAUUGGGAAAGAUUAAGUAGGAAAAAAGCUAUCAGCAAAGCUAUGAAGGCCUACUUAGAAAGAGCUAAAGAACAUGAUGAAUUUAUGAAAAAGCAGCACGUCGAAUAUAAUAUUGGUAAAAGGCAUCUUGCUAAUAUGAUGGGAGAAGACCCAGAGACAUUUACACAGAAAGAUGUCGACAGAGCCAUUGAAUACUUAUUUCCAAGUGGCAUAUAUGAUCCUGCUGCCCGUCCUUUGAUGAAACCACCUGAUGAAGUAUUUCCAGCUCGAAAAGCCGCAGAAUUUGAUGAAGCUGGUAGACCUCACCAUUUUCUGUUUUACACAGGAAAACCUAAUUUCUUCAAAUUAUUGUAUGAUGCUGCCGAGCAUAUCGAAAACCUUAACAAGUUUGAAGAUAAAGUUAUCAGGAAAAAAGCCACCCCUGAACAAAGUUCCAAGCUUGAAUUAUCUUCAAGUAUUUGGGUUUCUAAAGAUCAAUUAGAAGUUAUGUUAGUGGAGAAAAUUUCUGACUUGGAAUAUGACAAUUUCAAAUUGGUCAUGGAACGACUUGUAUCACUACCAUAUUCUUAUAGAUGUAUAGAUUUUAUAGAAAAAUUCAGAAAGCCAUUGUCUUUUCAGAAAUUUGCACUGGAAAUUCCUAAACCUAGUUAUGAUGAGGAGGGUCGAUCUUAUAUUACCACAUAUGAGUGCUUGAGAAAAAAGGCCAGAGGUGAUGUAACCAUACGUUCCCCUGGCACUGGCAAAAUAACAAUCAAUGGAAAAGACAUCACCUAUUUUGAAGAUACUCAAAGUAGAGAGCAAGUGAUAUUUCCAUUAAUAUUUACUGGAAUGGAAAAUCGAGUUGAUGUUGAAUGUAAUAUUGAAGGAGGUGGACCAUCAGGUCAAGCUGGUGCAAUACGGUGGGGAAUAGCAUGGGGUCUACGAAGCUUUGUUGAUCAAGCAAUGCUUGAAUCAAUGCAAGUUGCAGGUUUGCUUACGAGGGAUCACAGAAGAAGGGAACGUAAGAAGCCUGGUCAGCCUGGUGCUAGGAAAAAGCCUACAUGGAAGAGGCGUUAAGAUUUCUUGUAAUGUGUUUAUGAUAUUGUAGUUAAUAAAUAAACAACAGAAUAAAUUUAUCAGUUUUAUUAAAAAUAGUUUCAGAAAUCAA